CACUACGUAUCUUCAGGUUGCGGUUGUCCGCGAGAGAGAGCGCGGGCUGUCGACGCCGCCAACUCGUUGGGCGAGAUGAACUCCACGGAUGAUAUAUGGCACGUGGACUACACAAGGAAGCGACUGGAGCAGGCGGCACAGGGUUGGAGUAGCAUUGCGCUUGUCGUCAGUGUGAACUCGUGUAUGUUUGCCGUGGCAUGCGUCCUGUUUCGCGUGUCCCGGAGCAGCCGCACGAGUCUCUUCUUCAUGGGCAAAGUCAACUCCAACUACGCUGCAUAUCCGUUUAACCAACCGCACAUGACCGAGUGGCAGCAGUUUGUUGCGUUUGUCUUCACGAUGAACGAUAUCGCGUCGCUCCACAAAGCCAUUGGAGACGAGGGAGCGUUCUACUUGACGUUUCAAGUCUACGCCCUCAAGAUGGUGCUCGUCAUGACUGCCUUUGCAUUACUUGUGCUCAUUCCGACCUACGUGCUGUGCGCGCCGACAUCGUUGGCCGCGUUCAGUACGAUGACGAUCCGAGCAUUGCCGGACAAGUCGCCCCUGUUGUGGGUCGCGGUCGUGAGCUGUUAUGUGUUUUCAGGCCUGUACGCGAUUUUCCUGACCCAGCUUAGUCGCUUGUGCAACAACAAGGACCCGACCAACACGGACCUGCUGUGCAUGUUUCCCUCCGAGCUCAGUGCGAAGACCGUCCUUAUCGACGCCGGCGCUCCCAAGUGCAUGUCGCCCGAGCGCAUCUUCUACCUCCUGGACCAAAUCUUUCCAGGAUUGAUCUCGCACGUUGCGGUCGUGUACGACUUGACCGAGUACAAGCGCAGCCACACGAUUCGUAUCGCCCACGAGAAUACGGUUGACCGGCUCACGCUGCUCAUGGCUCGAAAGCACCGUGGGGACCUGCCAUGGUAUGUCCACUUGUUCCACGAGCCCAUGUCGUACGUGUCAACAAAGUCGCUGGCGGCGCAAAUCCAAUUUCUCCAGCGAGAUAUCGACAAGCGCCACCAAGACGAGAUCCGGUCGAUUCAGCGCAUCCUGACCACCCAUCGCGGCACGGGCCGUCUAUUUAUUAUCUUCAAUGACCCGAAGGCCAAGGCCAAGUUUGUGCGCAAGAUUCAGCACCGCAGCACGACAUACCUCAUCGCACGGACCCCGAAAAAGCUCCACACAGCACUGCGGCAAAAGAUCCACGAACUCGCGCUCACGUCGUGGCACUUGGAGCUCGCCCCUGAGCCAGACGACUUGGACUGGCACUUCAUCUCGUAUCACCGGGUCAAGCGGACGGCGCAGACUGUGCUCUUGUACACGUUCUUGACUGUAUUCAUUGUCGUAUUCACGUCGCCGCUGGCCGUCACGUCCGCCAUUGCGUCUGGCAAGUACGCAGGCACGGCCAAGUCGUUAAAUGAUCUCGUGAUGCAAACGAAGAAUUGGGCGGCCAACCUGUCCCCUGCCAUCGCAAACGUGACAGCGUCGUACGUGCCGACCAUGAUUUUGGUCAUGAUCAAUGCAAUACUGCUCAACGUGAUUCUGCACGCUGGGCUCAUGCAACCCAAGUGCACCGACUCGGCCAAAGAAAAGAGCAUCCUGCAUUACAGCGCCGUGUACCUCAUCUUCAACACGCUCGUGGUCCCGAGCUUUACCUUUGUGUCAAUCAAUUCGCUGAUUCAGCACUUUAUGGGCCAAGGCCAGGUGCUCGAGAUGUUUGAGAUGCUCUUUCUCAACAAUUCGGGGGUGUUCUUCGUCAACUAUGUCAUUCAGCGCGCAUUUGUUGGGACGGCGAUGGCUGCCUUGCGUCUGUCGGAGGCGGGACAAAUGUGCUGGAAAGUGGCGCGGGCAUUGACCCCGACAGAGCAUGACGAUGCAGUGCAGCCGUGGAAGUUUUACACAGGCACGCAGUCGGCCCUACAAAUCAGCGUGUUGGUAGUAAUCGUGGCGUUCAGUACGGUCGUCCCUGUGAUAUUGCCGUUUGGGUCGUUCUACUUGUUUGUGCAACACAUCGUCGACAAAUAUGCCUUGCUCUACGUGCGCCCGAAAAUCAACGGGAAAGGCGCGAUCGCCACGACGUCGACUCACGCGAGCAUGUUUGCGCUGGUAAUAUACCAGGGCGCGAUGGCCGGGUUCUUCCUCGUUCGCGGAACGUGGCACCAAAUCGCGGCGGUGGUCGCACUGCUAUUGGUCUCGAUGGUGUUUAUGCUCUGGCACUACAUUCGAGACAAAGGGCAAAUGUACCGCGCCGUGGGCCAGCCAUACAAGCCAGAACAGACGAUGCUGCUCAGCCCAAACUCCAAAUCUGUCGACAUGUACCGCGACCCUGUCCUGCGGCUCUUGGACGCCACGACGCGGACGCAGAGCGAGCGGUAUGGCGCGAUUGUGUUGCCAUGAUGCACUCUUCCCCCAUGAAUCAAGAAGCUUCCGAGACUUUUGUGUUUGUAAAGAGCACUUGAUGUUCAUACUGCUGAAA